AUCACAACCUCACUCCUACCUUCAGCUCACACGCACAGGAGAAGAUCCCACAGAGAGGAGAUGGCUAUGAAGGUGUACGGGCCAGCAGCGUCGACGAACGUGGCACGCGUUCUGGUCUGCCUGGAGGAGGUUGGCGCAGAGUACGAACUAGUGCCCGUCGACAUGCCCUCCGGCGAGCAUAAGAGCCCAGAACAUGUUGCCCGCAAUCCCUUCGGUCAGGUCCCAGCUUUCCAGGACGGUGAUCUGAUUCUUUCCGAGUCCCGUGCAAUUUCAAAGUACAUCCUUCGCAAAGCCGGGUCCGAUCUUCUCCGAGAAAGCAACCUCUCCGAGUCUGCAAUGGUGGACGUUUGGCUGGAGGUGGAGAAUGGGCACUUCAGCAGCGCCAUGUCGCCGAUCAUCUUCCAGACGUUGAUCGUCCCCAAUUUCCUGGGCGGCAAAACCGACACGAAAAUCGUCGAGGAGAAUGUAAGGAAGCUGAAGACGGCCCUGGAGGUUUACGAGUCGCGUCUGUCCAAGUUCAAGUACUUAGCCGGAGAUUUUGUCAGCCUAGCGGACAUCAGCCAUUUUCCGGCAGCUUACUACCUGCUGGGUGGGCCCCAUGCGUCAGUGCUUGAUGCGUAUCCACAUGUCAAGGCUUGGAUCGCCGAGGUCAUGGACAGGCCGAGCGCGAAGAAGGUCGCGGAGCUCAUGAAGAUGCCAUCAGCCUGACCUCAGGAAGCAACAAUACUGGAUUUGUGCGGAAGAAUCUACUCUCUGUAGUUGCAACGCGCAUCUUGUUGAUCACCUGUGUUGUCAAGAACUUUCUAUCAGUUAAUAAUAUAUGGUAAGAAAGGAGCAUGCAUGCGGAUGCCAUCUAUUAUUAAUCUUAUUGCAAACUUUCUAUUAAUCUUUCUAUCAGUUGAUCAGGUACACGCUUGAAUAUAUUAAUCGAUGCAAUAUGUUCUUCAUUUUUGAAUUUCAAAUAUCAUUGAUGUCCGUAAUUAGGAAUGUAGAAAGUACGUGCCAGGAGUAACCACAAAAGAGCUACCUGUUAAAAAUGGGUAACCAGAGGUGGUGCACAUCAGGAGUGCGGUUCAGAGGGUCAAUCAACAUAGUGCCUUGAGUAAAAACCCAAUCACUUGUGCAUCUUUUUGUCAUUCAUGAAGACAGUAGACAUCAUUGACGCAGUCAAACAACCGGCCAGUUACCAGUUGCACCGGGUCUCCUACCAAACAGUAACUCAGUAAGUGCUGAUUUUGUACUAAUUACGGAUCAGGUAAUUUAUAAACACCUGCUGUAAAUCCUAGAAGCAAGCAACUGUGGUGCUAUUAUAUUGUACUAUGAUCCAGGUAAGCUGUUGUAAUAGCUUUACAUCAUUUAGCGAGCACUUCCUGUCUGCCUGCUUUUACCCAAAUAUGAUCCGGAGCAGUACGUCUUUAAUAUGACAUGAUAGGAUGAAUAAUCUGUCUGACCAUCUUUCUCUCACGUUAGUCAUUAUGU